AUUGUUAACAUGAAAAUUAUUUAUAUGUAGGAAGGAAGCUAAACAAUAUUGUAUUUUCAGGCCGCGACAAAGUCAAGACGAGCGAAAACCUAUUCUGGAACAAUCUACAGGCAAGUUAGUAUUACUUCCCCGUGACGAAGUGAAAAAUUCAAAACUGUUUAGCUUCUUCAUCUUUCGUUGUUCUUUGCUCAUCUUAAUGGCGUCAUCUCCAUAAGCAAUCUGCAGCCGUUUGUGAAUUUGGACAUUCUGAAACACCACUCCAUCAAGAAAUGAAUAACGGGUGAUUAUUUUUUCAAGAAAUGGAAUUGAUCUACUGGUUCCUGGUUUCACUGAGUUUAAUAGACAUGGUGACGUCAAACAAACAGAAGGCAAGAAAAUUACAUAAGAGAGAGCUAAACAAACUAUGGCCAAAUAAUACGAUACUCUACCAAUUCAGUCCUGAAAUGACGAAAAAGGAAAAAGCAGCUGUCCAAUAUGCCUCGAACCAGUAUAUGUAUUUAUCUUGUAUUCGUUUUGUUAACAUGAAUACAUCAGAUGGCAAAGCAAUAAUGGCCAAAAUGAAACACCAAGGAUCAGUUUUGUUUAAGGGAGGAAGUAAAAACUGCUUUGCACAGAUCGGCUUUUUCAAUAGUCAAAGAUCAGCUCGCUGUUGCAGUGCGGAAACAUGUUUACACGAGCUCGGUCAUAUUCUUGGUCUUGCACACGAACAUAAGCGAAAAGACAGAGAUAAUUAUAUUCGAGUGAUGUUCGAAAAUAUUCAAGGUGAAUUUCGAAACAGGAUGUUGUCUGAAAACACACAUGAUAAGAGUGAUUUCGACUUCCAGUCUGUGAUGCUUUAUGGGCCAAUGGCAUUUUCACAGGAAAAAAAAAAUAUUUAUCAAGUUCUUGAUCCCGAUCAGCUCUAUUUAAUCGAUUACCACAAAACGUUGAGCCACUACGAUGCUCAAGACAUUAAUAACUUAUACAACUGUCGCAGACAGCAGUGUCGUUAUUUUAGACAUAAAUGUCGCAAUGAUGGGUUUGUUGUGAUGAUCGAUGGUAUUUGCCAAUGCUUCUGUCCCACCGGCUUAGACCCUGCUACUUACUGCACGAAAAUAUACAGACCAGAUAAAUCUUGGAUCGACUGGCCGGUUGGAAGUUAUGCUUUACCCAGAGCCGGAUCAAAAUGUCCAGGGAAGAAAUGGGUUAAACAAAAUUCUUACCAUUACAUAAAUGGCUUCGUAGAGAAAGGAAAAUCUUCGCAUUUAUCUCAGUUCUUUUUCGAGGGUCACAGCCGCGAAGUACUCUGUUUGUUUAAUGAAUCUAGCAGCAAUAACCACUGGGAAGCUGGAUCCUAUUGUCUAAUGAAGAAUGGACCUUGUCCAAACAAAUUUCAGGAGGGAUACGUGAAAAUAUACCAGUCUAAUAAGAAACAUCGAAGUACAACGUAUAGAUAUUGUUGCCGGAAAGACGGUGCUGCAAUAAAACCGAUAAAACUACCAAUAUCAAUUCCGUUUAUCUUGUUUAUGUCAAACUUGUAUGAAGUUUGUCAAGUCGUAAAAGAUAUGGCAACUUAUAUCGAAGAAAUUAAUUACUUAAGACAUCGAGGAAUUAGGACAUCAUUUGAUGGCGAACAUCCGAAUGUUUACAAGUGGAAAUCUGGUUUAAAAUUUAAAUAUUGUUAUUAUGUUCCUUUGAAACAAGACUGUGGCAGUGUUAUUCAACUAAAAAGGAAAGCUCGAAGUUCAAUAAUAACUUCCCCGAAUUUUCCAAGAAAAUAUAGCGAUAACCUCCUCUGUCAUUGGCUUAUCAAGAGUCCAAAAAAUUCUUUGAUAAGACUUAAAUUUUUGAAAUUUUUCAUCGAAGGCAGGAAGAAAAUAUGUCCAGAUUAUGUUGAGAUUCGUUUCAAUUUAAUAGGUCAACCAGGAAUCAAAUAUUGCGGGAAAAUGCCAAUUAAAGUUAUUGUUUCACGAAAAAACAUGAUGAUGAUAACAAUGAAAACUAACUACAAAUUUUCUAGAAUCGGAUUUAAAGCAAUCGUAGAAUAUGUUGAAGGAAGAAGCCUUUGCUUCAAUUUAAAGGAUCACGGGCGUACAUAUCGUGGUACCGUAGAUAUGACGAAAGAAUUUGACAAGUGCCGUUUCUGGAAUGAAACUACGAAUUGUCGGCAUCAUCCUUUCAAUAGUUGGGACAUAACCAGAGGCAUUGGCAACCACAACCAUUGUCGAAACCCAGGGCAUGGUUUACAGCCUUGGUGUUACACGGAUUCUCAUAACUGCAGUCGAAAAUAUUGUGAUCCCUGUCAGAUUGCCGGAUCUUAUGAUAUGUUCCCCAACUGCAGAAAAUUGAAACGGGAAGACAAAGAAUUUUGUACACGCAAUGUAUCCUCAAUUAAAUUGUGUCACAAAACUUGUGGACAUUAUAUUGGAGCCGAGAGGAAAUUUAAACGUAAUCGGAAAUGUUCGGCACCAAGAAUUACCAAUGGUGAGGUGUUCUAUUUGAAAAAGAAAAGAUAUAAUGUCGGUGAAACAAUCUCGAUUUACUGUCAUCAGAACAAAGAAUGGCAGCAAAACGCUAGUUGUCUCUCGAACAGUCGUUGGAAUAUGGGAAGUAUGUGUGGUAUAUGCCCUUUAGAAUGGACUCACCAUUUUGGGUCAUGUUACCGUUUUUUCCAUGAGCAACGAAUCUAUCAAGAUGCUGAAGAAAAGUGCAAGGAACAUAAUUCUGUGGUACUGGCACCAGAAAAUGAAAGAGAAUAUAAGUUUAUGCUGUCGCAAAUAUAUGCUGAAAGUAGCGUAUGGAUAGGUUUAACGUUAUCAGGUAAAUCCUGGGUUACUAAUGAUCAUCAUCCUCAAUCUUGGACGAAUUGGAAAAAAGGGCAACCAAACUUAAAUAAACCACACGCAAAUUGUGUAGCGUUUUCCACUUUAGAUGAUAAAAAAUGGAGGAAUGUACCGUGUGACUGGUUGCACUUGAAUGCAUUCUUUUGUAAGCGGCCGGCGAUAUACCAAAUUGAGUGUCAAGACCUAAGUGAAGAAUGUUCUGAAUUUAUAAAAAAUUCUCAGCACUUUUGUAAAAAGAAACAGGACUUCGCUUUACAAUAUUGCUCUAAAAGUUGCAAUUUGUGUCAUUUACUACAGGGGUCAAACAAAAAAAAAAGAAAAGAAAACAGUCUACGUCAAAGGAUGGUUCUGCACAGAUCCCAGAUCAAAAUUCCGAAAAGCAGAAAAAUAGUAGUCAUCGACAUCUGCGCCAAUCACAAACAACCCAGCAUCAGAAUCCUUCACCUCUAUCAUUUCAGCGACGAUACAACUUGUAGUCAACGCAUUAGAAUGGAGAUGUGGUUGUCUCGGCCAGACGUGAAGAAAUAUUUAAGAGAAACUGAAAAACCUCUGUCACCGUUAAUACUGAUGAUAACGAACAUGACAGCGGAGACGACAAUAAUGAUGACAUCGAUAUUAUGGUCCCAGAAAGGUGACGAAAACCACCACCACCAACAACAACAACAGCAACAACAAAGCUUUCUCUUAGGACGAUAUGGAUUUAACCAACUCCAGUACGAGCGGUUAUUGAAAAGUUAAUUAGUUAUGAAUUUAUUCAACAUAUUUCCCGCUCAGAUGCACAAACUUAUUGCAGCAGUCUUUCAGUUUUUUCUAAGCUCUGUACAAAGAACUCAAAAUUGGGGCUCCAGCCAGGCUUUUCACGAUACCAUUAAAGCCGGUAACUUUUCAGCAACCCCUAGUAAUGACAAUUAUAAGGUGAUAGGGGAAAUGUUAAUAUGUAGCCAGAAGGGCAGUUUGAGCUCUUUGAACAAAACCACGCCUCCCCACUAUUCUGCAAAUCCAUUCUAAUAUAUUUAUUAUCUAAUAUUAAAACUUUGUGUUUCUUGUAAAUUACCGCAUUUUAAAGUGUAUAGGGAACCCUUUUUUGUCAAAAAUUAGGUUUAAAAAAUACGGGAGUUUCUUAUACAUGGAUGUUUUAACCCGAUACAAAACCUUUUUUCCAAAAUUUAAACCCCCCAAAUUAGUGGGGGGGGGUGUCCUUAUACACGAGGGUUCCAUAUACACGUUAAAUUACGGUAGAUGGUAAACGACGGCCCCAUUUUCGUAUCUGAAAAAGACUUCGGCUGAAAUCAUUGCUAUAUCCAUAUUAAACUCGUUUCCGCUGCAACAUAAA